UUUGCAGGCUGCGGCUCCAGCAGAGUCACCUUGCUUCAGCCGCCGCCGCUGCUGCUGUACCGGGGAAGGAGCAGAAGAACCGUCCGGCCCAAAGGCACCAGGGAAGCCCGGUGGAAGCGGGAAUAGAGCCGGACUCUGCAGCCACCGACCGAACCGGGUCGACAUGGCGGACACAAAGCCGAAGACCUCCCCGAAGGCCAUAAAGUUCCUGUUCGGAGGUCUGGCCGGCAUGGGGGCCACGGUGUUCGUGCAGCCUCUGGACCUGGUGAAGAACCGCAUGCAGCUCAGCGGUCAGGGAACCAAGGCCCGCGAGUACAAGACCAGCUUCCACGCCCUCUUCUCCAUCCUGAGGAACGAAGGCGUGGGCGGCAUCUACACCGGCCUCUCUGCAGGGCUGCUGCGCCAGGCCACCUACACCACCACCCGCCUGGGCAUCUACACCAUCCUGUUUGAGAAGCUGACCGGCGCCGACGGCCGGCCUCCCAACUUCCUGAUGAAGGCGCUUAUCGGGAUGACAGCCGGCGCCACCGGAGCCUUCGUGGGAACGCCGGCGGAGGUGGCGCUGAUCCGGAUGACGGCUGACGGACGACUUCCCGCCGACCAGAGGAGGGGCUACACCAACGUCUUCAACGCCCUGGCCCGCAUCACCAGAGAGGAGGGGCUCACCACGCUGUGGCGGGGGUGCGUGCCCACCAUGGCCCGCGCGGUGGUGGUGAACGCGGCUCAGCUGGCCUCCUACUCCCAGUCCAAGCAGGCUCUGCUGGACUCAGGGUACUUCGGUGACGACAUCCUGUGCCACUUCUGCGCCAGCAUGAUCAGCGGGCUGGUGACCACCGCGGCGUCCAUGCCCGUCGACAUCGUCAAGACCAGGAUCCAGAACAUGAGGAUGAUCGACGGGAAACCGGAGUACAAGAACGGUCUGGACGUGUUGAUGCGGGUCGUGGGCAGGGAGGGGUUCUUCUCGCUGUGGAAGGGCUUCACGCCGUACUACGCCCGCCUGGGGCCCCACACCGUCCUCACCUUCAUCUUCCUGGAGCAGAUGAACCGCCUCUACAAGACCUACGUCCUGGACCGCUAGCGCCCCCAUGGGGGCCCCGGC